GGCCCAAGCAUAAAAGAUCCUUCCUGACAGAGUGUGCAACACGAGUCAAAUCUCUCUGACAAAGACGGACCCGAAAGAGAGGGUAUUGGUUCAGUUUCUAAUGCUUACUAUGAAGGGAGCAAUCCAUGAAGAAUCAAAUAACAAAAUUGGUAGCCAAUGGACUCUACAAAGAAGCCAUUAACUUGUAUUCCCAGCUCCACUCUUCUUCUUUUGUUCCCACCAAAUUCACCUUCCCCUGUCUCUUCAAUGCCUGCGCCAAGCUAAAGGCUAUUCCACAAGGCAAAAUACUCCAUACCCAUUUGAUUAAAUACGGAUUCGGCACAGAUGUAUACGCAGCCACAUCUCUUACUGAUAUGUACAUGAAACUCACCUUAGUGGACAGUGCCUUAAAGAUGUUCGACGAAAUUCCUCAACCAAAUAUUGCUUCAGUAAACGCUACCAUUUCUGGGUUUUCCCAAAACGGGUAUCAUUUUGAAGCUUUUCGGAUGUUUGGGAUGUUAUUUAGUAGUUUACAGUUUAAGCCGGAUUCGGUUACUAUAGCUAGUAUUUUAUCAGGAUGUGUGAAUAGUAAUCAUGGCGUUCAAAUGCAUUGCUGGGCUAUAAAGAUUGGUGUGGAAAUGGACAUAUAUGCAGCUACUUCGCUUUUGACUAUGUAUUUGAAUUGUGCUGAUUGUGUUUCUGCUACGAGGUUGUUUGAAUUGGUUCAAAAUAAGAAUGUUGUGUGCUACAAUGCUUUUAUUUCUGGGCUGUUGCAAAAUGGGGUGGAUGAAGUGGUCCUGAGUGUGUUUAAGGAGAUGAAAAAGUCACUAGACGAAGAACCGAAUGCAGUGACUUUAAUAUCUGUUCUUUCUGCUACUGCUAAUCUUAAGAAUUUGAAGUUUGGUAGGCAAGUCCAUGCGUUUAUUGUGAAAGUCGAGUUACAAUCUCAUACAAUGGUUGGAACUGCACUUGUAGACAUGUAUUCGAAAUGCGCUUUUUGGUUAUGUGCAUAUGAAAUGUUCAAAGAGAUGGGUGGCAACAGGAACUUGAUAACGUGGAAUUCGAUGAUUACUGGAAUGAUGUUGAAUGAGCAAACAGAGAAAGCUGUUGAGCUUUUCGUGGAAUUAGAAUUGGAAGGAUUGAAACCAGAUUCAGCUACAUGGAAUUCAAUGAUCAUUGGGUUUUCUCUGCUGCAAAAAGAGGCUGAAGCUUUUAUGUUCUUCAGAAAAAUGCUUUCUGCUGGUGUCAUUCCCAGUAUGAAAUCUAUUACUAGUCUUCUGACGGCGUGCUCGUCUCUAUCCUCACUCUUUUGUGGCCAGGAGAUUCACGGAUAUAUUCUUAGGGCAGGAAAAUCCAUAGAUGAAUUUGUUGUCACCGCAAUUAUUGAUAUGUACAUGAAAUGUGGGCAAUUUUCUUUGGCACGUAAGGUUUUUGAUAAGUUGGAAGUAAAAUAUGAUGAUCCAGCUGUGUGGAAUGUGAUGAUUUCAGGGUAUGGAAGGAAUGGAGAAGGUGAAGCUGCUUUUGAAAUGUUCUCUCUGAUGCUAAAGGAGAAAGUACAACCAAAUUCAGCUACUCUGAAUUGCAUUUUGUCUGUGUGCAGCCACGUUGGUAAACUAGAGAAAGCAUGGCAAGUUUUUAAUUUGAUGAUCACAGAUUUGGGCUUAACCCCAACUCUAAAGCAACUUAAUAUUAUGGUUGAUCUACUUGCUCGGUCUGGUCAGCUGGAUGAAGCUAGAGAACUAUUACAGCUCAUUCCCAAACCUUCGGCAUCUGUUUUUGCUUCUUUAUUAGCAGCUUCUGAGCACUACUCUAAUGCCAAGAUGGGAGAAGAAAUGACCAAAAAGCUCUCAGAAUUGGAGCCAGAAAACCCUGUUCCCUUUGUAAUUUUAUCCAACCUUUAUGCUAGACAAGGAAAAUGGGGCGAUGCUGAACGAAUCAGAGAAACAAUCAAUGAAAGGGGACUCGAAAAACUACCAGGCUACAGUUCUGUAGGAGUGACAUAAAAAGGAACAUCUUUUACAUGUUAAAACUGGUCAAACAGACUACUGUUGGAUCUUAUGCCUGAUGUGCAUGACAUGGGUCUCGCUCUUAUUUUUGACUUGCAUCACUGCCCCAACAUUCCUUGUUCAAGAAAAUCCAAAAUCGAAUGUCAAAGAAGUUGGUGGUUCAAAGAUGAAGCAAGAGAUGAGAUCACUAAGUGCAAUCACACAAAUACUUGAAUAACCUUGCCACUUGUCACAGAUCCUGUGAACUGACUUGGAAGCAAGGCUGUACGAAGAGUUGGAUCAAGCUACUGUGUUAUUUGUGUGACGACCUUCAUGGCACCAUGUGUUGCCGAAGCAAUUGUUUGUGAAGUCCUUUCCCAGUCAGCUUCCUUCAAUUAGGAUGGGCAAAUAGCAAUACAAAAAGUAACAGGAAACAUCUAUAAGCUUAUACGAUAAAGGUCAAAUCAUUGUGACGUUGAGUAUUAGUUUGAAUGUGAUUUACUGUGGUCACUAUUUUCUGACUUUUGUUGUCUAGAUUAACCACCCGAGUUGUCUCUUAACUGCAAGUGUUGUGUUUAGUUCAUCCGUGAGAAAGCCUCUCUUGUAAUUGCAACUCUACUGAUUCUGGAAAGCGUCCAAUUUUGUUCUCAUUUGCCUGGAUAUUUAUUGAAUCAGUCUGUCACUUUGGAAACCAAUAACCUGGUGCAGAGGUGGAAAACUUUGAAAUUGGCAUCAACAUUUUCUAUUAUCUCAAGAUAAUAGUAGCUUAUCAGUAGCUAAGAAUAGCUGACCCCCUUGGGGGACAGGAAAGGUGGCCAAGCUAGAUGUGGAAUAAGCAGAAAUGCAGUCAAAACCAAAUCCUUUUGCAUCCUUCAAGAACUGGCUUUAUGCCCAAUUUUAGCUGUGAAGUUCUUAAGGAAUGGUAUACUGUUCUGAUCACAGGUGCUUUGCAGACAAUAUUUUGAUUGCACUAGAAAGCCACUCAACAUGGAAGCAUCCGCGCUGCUGGAAUGAAAGGUGACCAAUCGUAGUAGCUUAUGAUGGACCUCACGUUAUGUAGGUUAUCAUGUGUCUCAAGAGGAUGACAUAUGACUCUAAAUUCAUCAUAAAUUCUCUCCUAAAAUUGUAGACUUUUGAUGUACUCAAACUAGUCAUUAAUGUUCA